GAAUUUUGUACACCAUUUGUCGACCACCGCAUUUGCAUUCAAAAAUAUCUUCUCAUUGCAUAGAAAGUAACUCCAUACCGCCUGUACAAGAACAAGAGCAUAAAGUUCAAUUUUCUCUUACUUCUUUCCUUUCUAACCUAAACUAUCAGACAACAACAAAUAGAGCAUAUUCAGAAAGAACCGUCUCAUUUUAUACUUUUGUUAAUGGUUAGAUCUGUACUGCAUUUUAUCAUUUUUCUUUUAUAGAUCUUUAGUUUGGUUGUUUAUUUAUAUAUAGAGAAAGAAAGAUUUCAUAGUUUUCUAGGUGUUUUGUUAAAAUGGCUGAUGAUAAGAAGUACAUAACUGCUGAAGAGCUAAAGAAGCAUAACAAAGCAGAGGAUUUGUGGAUCUCUAUACAGGGAAAAGUUUACAAUGCGACAAAUUGGAUUAAGGACCAUCCAGGUGGGGAUAUCCCUAUUCUUAAUCUGGCUGGCCAAGAAGCAACUGAUGCAUUCAUUGCUUUUCAUCCAGGUACUGCUUGGAAAUAUCUUGAUAAGUUCUUUACUGGCUAUUAUUUGGAGGAUUACGAGGCAUCUGAGGUAUCUAAAGAUUAUAGGAAACUUUGUUCCGAGUUUGCUAAAGCUGGUUUGUUUGAAGAGAAAGGUCAUGGGGUGAUUUAUUCCUUAUGUUUUGUAGCAUUUUUGCUUUUCUUGACUGUUUAUGGUGUUCUUUAUAGUAAUAGUUUCUGGAUUCGUAUGCUUUGUGGGGGGUUAUUAGGGUUGGCUUGGAUGCAGGUUUCUUACUUGGGUCAUGAUUCUGGUCAUUAUUUAAUCAUGACAACUCGUGGUUUCAACAAAUUGGUACAAAUUCUAGCAGGGAAUUGCAUUACUGGGAUUAGUAUUGCUUGGUGGAAUUGGACACACAACGCCCAUCAUGUGGCCUGCAAUAGUCUAGAUUAUGACCCUGAUCUUCAGCACUUGCCUGUUUUUGCUGUCUCUACUAGUCUGUUUAAAUCAUUGUACUCUACCUUCUAUGGAAGAGAGCUCACAUUCGAUUCCCUGGCUAAAUUCUUCGUCAGCUAUCAACAUUUUACGUUCUAUCCGAUUGUCUGUGUUUCGAGGGUGAAUCUGUUUAUCCAGACAUUGUUGCUAUUGUUCUCAAGGAGAAAAGUGAGUAAUAGACUUAUGAACAUAUUGGGGAUCAUGGUUUUCUGGACUUGGUUUCCGCUUCUUGUUUCCACCUUGCCUAAUUGGACAGAGAGGGUGUUAUUUGUCCUCAUAAGCUUUGCUGUGACAGGGAUUCAACACGUUCAAUUCUGUCUGAACCAUUUUGCUGCAGAUGUCUAUGUUGGACAACCCAAGGGGAACGAUUGGUUCGAGAAACAAACAGCCGGGACUAUUGACAUUGCUUGUUCUCCUCAGAUGGAUUGGUUCUUUGGAGGAUUGCAGUUCCAGCUUGAGCAUCAUCUCUUCCCAAGGCUGCCUAGGUGCCAAUUGAGGAAAAUUUCUCCUAUUGUACAGGAUCUAUGCAAGAAGCACAAUUUGCCCUACAGGAGUUUGUCUUUCUUUGAGGCCAAUAGGUGGACAAUAAGGACACUCAGGGUAGCGGCAAUGCAGGCUAGAAGUUUGCUAUGGGAAGCUGUUAAUACUCAUGGCUAAUAAUUUUGUGCACGGAACAUCCUUAAAAUUCUUUCAGCAUAUGUUUAAUGAAGAAGAAAACAUGAUUUAGGAGCAUCUAUUUGGACUUAUAUAGUUCAUAUCAAUAUAUUUAUAAAUAUUUUGCCUCUUUCUAUGGUUUCUCGUUAGUAUGAUCAGAUUAUCCUUUGGUCAAGGGAUGAGACUUUUAGCUAUAACAUUGUAAUUCAGGGAAACUUUUAAAAUUUAUGGGCACAUUUCAUGACCAAA